AUGUUGCGGCAAAAGAGUCCUCCAAGCCACAGCUCAGAGCAGAAAGCAAACAGCGGCAACAGCAGCCAGAGCCCAAGGAAAGAGACCGAGGAAGACAAGGAAGAACACAGGACUUUGCUUUUCUCACUUUUCUUCUCCCUUGCAGAGAAAGCUGUGCUGGGGGCAGGAGGCUGCAGCCCAUGCUGUGACUGCAAACUCUCCAGGCUCGCGUGGGCACCUGCCCCUGUGCACCUUGCCAGGAUGAUGGGCUGCAAGUCCAACUCGCUGACUUGCUUGCAAGGAGGGAAGCCGGGUCUGCCUGCAGUGGCUGCCACCACCGACUCCACGGCCACACUCAACAAGCUGGCGCUGGCCACGGGGGGCACGGAAAAAUCCUGGUACCGCUGCGUCUUCCCCUUUGGCAUCGUCUCCCUGGUCAUUGGCAUUGCUGCCACGUGCAUCACCUUCACCAUCAAUGGGCGGCAGAUGGACAUUGCCAAGGUGGUCUCGGUGGCCACCCUGAUCUUCGGGGUGGGCCUGCUGGUGGGCGCCUUGGUCUGCUGGCGGGCCAAGAGGCAGCGGCAGCGCAAGAAACAGCAAGAGGAGCCUGCUUCCGUCGAACAGGGGGCUUUGUGA